UAAACUCGUACUAUUUCUAAAACAUAAAGAUAUGACAAAUAGUACGAGUAGUAAGCUAGUACUAAUUUUUCCCCGUAUUUUGAUGACUACAUAUCCCAUAAUCCACCAGACCGGAAGCGUGCGACUACAACACAGCUUCUCUCUUUCCCGAGUGCUCUACAUUUCUGUCCGUUAUUUCAUUAAACGCGUAUUGUAUAAGGAGAUUAUUUAUUUGAAAAUUGCAGAAACCACAAUGUGCCGUUUAAAAUAGGAUUUCAAGACUAAAUUCAUGAGGAAGAUAACAGCCAACUGCUGUGACGAUGAGGAGGCUGAACAGAAAAAAAGCCCUGAACUUUGUAAAGGAGUUGGAUGCUUUUCCCAAGGUUCCUGAGAGUUAUGUGGAGACAACAGCCAGUGGAGGAACUGUGUCUGUGUUGGCCUUCACGGCCAUGGCACUCUUGGCCUUCUUUGAGUUCUUUGUAUAUCGAGACACAUGGAUGAAAUACGAGUAUGAAGUGGAUAAGGAUUUUACUAGCAAACUACGAAUUAAUAUUGAUAUCACAGUUGCCAUGAGGUGCCAAUUUGUUGGAGCAGAUGUGUUAGAUCUAGCCGAGACGAUGGUGGCAUCUGAUGGCCUUCAGUAUGAACCUGUUAUUUUUGAUCUUUCUCCUCAGCAGAGGCUCUGGCACAGGACGCUUUUGCUCAUUCAGAACCGUCUGUGUGAGGAACAUUCACUCCAGGAUGUUUUGUUUAAGAACGUCAUGAAAGGUGCUCCCACUGCUCUCCCACCCAGGGAAGAUGAUCCCACUCAGCCUCUAAACGCCUGCCGGAUACACGGACACCUCUAUGUCAAUAAAGUAGCAGGAAAUUUCCACAUCACUGUUGGCAAGGCCAUCCCACACCCUCGAGGUCAUGCUCAUCUAGCGGCCCUGGUCAGCCAUGAGACAUACAACUUCUCCCAUCGGAUAGACCACCUGUCUUUUGGAGAGGAAAUCCCGGGCAUAUUAAAUCCACUGGAUGGCACGGAAAAAGUGUCUGCAGAUCAUAAUCAAAUGUUCCAGUACUUUAUUACCAUUGUGCCCACAAAACUGCAGACGUACAAGGUGUCAGCGGACACACACCAGUAUUCUGUCACUGAGCGGGAGCGAGUGAUAAACCACGCAGCGGGGAGUCAUGGGGUUUCUGGGAUCUUUAUGAAGUAUGACAUCAGCUCACUGAUGGUGAAGGUGACUGAGCAGCACAUGCCCUUUUGGCAGUUCCUCGUGCGGCUCUGUGGCAUCAUAGGAGGCAUUUUCUCAACAACAGGCAUGUUGCACGGUCUGGUUGGCUUCUGCGUAGAUGUGGUCUGCUGUCGUUUUAAACUGGGGGUUUAUAAACCGAAGAGUAUGAGUGUUUUUGAUGGCCAUGUGAACAGCCUGACACCUCUCCUUUCUGAGAACGCUGAGCACUAGCUGGGCUUUCCUCCUUCACAACAUUUAAAGCUCAUUUCAGUCACUUUUCAGUCACAACUGUAAGUUUCAGGUUUCUGUUAAUACAUGAUAUUGAGGUUGGUUGUCAUUUGUGGUACUGUAGAGAUCUGUAAGCACUGACACAAUAACUGUUACACUGGCAUAAAUUCAUAAAUGAAUAGAUUGUACCUCCCCAGAAAAUCUUGUUUGGUGCAAAAAUGAUUUUGGUGAAUUUAAAUUAGUGGACAGCUUUUUAAAAAAGUGCAGCCGUUAUAGAAAAGGAUUCUUGCAAAAAGCUUGUCAGUUAUUGCACUCAUGAAGACAAAUUUUAUUUUUCUAAAUGCAAGAUAACUUGAUUGUCUUUGCUUGGAUGAAUACUCCCUUUUAAAAAGCGCAGGUCUAAAUCUGAAUAUCAGACCAUUUAGUUUUAGUUAAAGUGACUUAAUACAACCAUAAAAGAUGAAGUAGCAUCAGGAACCUUUCAGACACAACUCAUCAUGACAGUAUUAAGAUUUGGUUGGGGAUGUUUGGCGUGAUAGGCCCCAACCAGAUCAGAGAUCUCCACCUCAGGAAGGUAUGAUUAUUUAGCAUCCAUUUGCAUUUCAAAAAAUCGUGUAUAUUAUUGAUAAAUAAUGCAAUCAUGAUUGUAUUUGGUUGAAUGAUUGAAUUAUAAGGGAAAUAGUGUUAAAUAAUUCAUUUAAGCAUUCUUUCUGAUGUAAAUUCUCAUUACAUUUGCAUGAUUACAGAUCACACCGUUGAUGCGUAUUUUCUCGUGCCAAAACUUUUUCUAGUUCCAUUAAGGUAAAUUAAGGUCCCUGUAAUAGUUAAAUCAGAAGGAAAUUUCCUUUUUUUAAAUUACACUCACGUAUCCUGUAGGUGUAUUUUACUCAAUUUGACGCUCUCCAGAUUCGGGAUGUUUUAU